UGUUAUCCCUUCUCUACCCUCUUACUUUCUAUUUUUCUGUGACCCUUCGUUCUCUAGUUUCUUCUUCAUCUCUCUUAUUGAUAUGCACUUUCCCAGUUUUCCAGAUUUCUAGUUCUACCUAUAACCCUAACUCCAGCUGAAGAGCUUCUAUUAUGGCUGACUCCUCUUCGUCUUCUUCGUAUAUCCACAUGGUGCACCGUCUGAUAGAAGAAUGUUUGAUAUUUAACAUGAGCAAAGAAGAGUGCAUGGAAGCUUUGUCUAAGCAUGCAAAUAUAAAACCAGUCAUCACUUGUACAGUUUGGAAUGAGUUGGAGAAAGAGAACAAAGACUUCUUUGAGGCUUACACAAAGGGAAGCCAUGAAAGAGCUACUGAAAUACAGAAAAGACAGGAUCCAGAACAGUCUGAAUGCUUACACAAGGGAGAAUAAUGGCAGGACUGAUUCAGCCAUUUAAAGUACGGUUAAAAUUGCAAUCUUAUUUUCGGUUACAUUUAUUAAAACUACGAUGAUAAUAAUAGGUGUU